GUGGCCACGUACGGCUGCGUGCUCCAGCGGUCACCGCCUGCUCGUUAACGCUACACCGGCGUUACUUUCACCAGUUAACCGUCGCGACGUUUACGACAUACUAGCCUUUUAUGUUGUCACUACUUACUUUUUUUCUCGACAGAGGCGCGGAGGGUAAAGUUUUGAAUGAAGGUUCCCCGCUGGGACUGUAACGCGGGAGGAGGGGGCAGUUUGUGGGGUCGUCCAGGCUAUCGGAUCUGGGAUCUGCUCAUAUUUAUAACCAGACAGACGGCGGGUUGUUCGCGGCAGAGCUGAGCUGGACGGACGGCCAGUUUCACCGAGGAGUACGCGGAGUUUUAAACUUUUAAUUGCUUUUUUUUUUUAACCUCGGACGAUAAAAGGAACUGGAAAGUUUGGAAUAAUAGAAAAGUUUCGCCCUGGGUCCGGACCCUGUCUCCUGUCAAGACUCCAAGUUGCUGGACUGUAAGCUAAUAAUUCACCCUGGAAAUAUCACUCUUUGACAGACUUGUGAUUUAGUUAGGCUUUAGCCUUAAAAUACAAACUCUCAACUUAACUUUAUUGAAACAGACACACAAGUAUCUUCAAAAUGGAUAAAUACGAGGAUUUAGGGCUCGAGGCGAGUAAGUUCAUCGAGGACCUAAACAUGUACGAAGCAUCCAGAGAUGGUUUAUUUCGAACCAGGAGGGACGCAGGAAAUAACCCCGACUUUGAAGAGACCAGAAAAGUUUUUGCCUCUAAAAUGACUAAAAUACACAUGCAGAAACACCAAGAGGAGAUGGCAAAAAACAACAGGGCCAUUAAAAUGAAUGGGGGUCACAACAGCACAUAUUACACCAAAGACAGACCCCCCAUCAAUAGUUACAGACAGCCGGGUGAAGCGGCAGCGAAGCCCCCGAUACUCUCUGGCCCUGUGUCGGGCACGACGGCGGUGAACCAAUACGCACAGUUUGACGGCCAGAAACCCCACACGGGCGUUCAGUCUGAACCUCCAGCCGGCAGGGCUUAUGGCUACGGAAACAAUUACGAUAAUAAGGAACGUGUAGAGCCACAUUCAUACCAGCCCACCACUCCUACUCCCCCCUGCCCAGGAAACGCGCCACACAGCGCGCCCACACAUGCUCGUCACCCCGUCAUCCAGCCGGCUGCUUGGGCCCCAUCCAGUGAGAGCCAGCUUCCCCCAUCUUUUUCUGAUUCUGGGAGCAACAUUGCAUCUCAGCAGCACCAGCCUGCACCUCCCACCGCCAACAGUGUUCCACGCCAGCAGAAUCAAGCUGUCACCCCGUCUGUAAACCGGAGUCCACCCUCCUCUGCUGGGCCAGCCAGGGGAUGGGCUGGAGAGCUCUCUGGCUCAGCAAAACCAGACCUCAUCCCUGCCCUGCCUGUGAGUGCCUUCACAGGAGGAGCUGACUUCCACAUGCAGCAGCCCUCCACACAGUCUGCAGUCCAUUUCACACCACCCACUCCAACCUCAAGACCGUCUACCAACCAUAAUGGUCUCGUGUCAGCCUGUCCGCUUCUACCUGCACCCUCUGAAACCCCCAAACCCAAAGGCCAGGUGGCAUCUGCUGCCCUGAGCCCUGGCAGUGUCUCCAAAAGCAGCAGCCAGAUCCAAGGUCAGGUCCAAAUACCCGGCUGUGGACAGGCCGCCAGUGCUGAGGCCGAAGUCCCGUGCUCCCCCAAGCAUGUCCAACUGCUCUGCCAGUCUCUCCUCACGCAACCCCCUGACCAGGGUCCUUCAGCAGUUGAAAUGAAAUUAGAGGCCCUCACUAAGCGGCUGGAAAAAGAGAUGGAUGACCAACCAAAGGCUGACUACUUUGGAGUCUGCGUCAAGUGCAACAAGGCGGUGUAUGGAGCCAACCAGGCCUGUCAAGCUAUGGGUAGCCUCUACCAUGACAGCUGCUUCACCUGCAGCGCCUGUAGUCGAAGGCUGAGAGGGAAGGCAUUCUACUAUGUCGGAGGGAAGGUUUUCUGCGAAGAGGACUUUCUGUACUCUGGUUUCCAGCAGUCUGCAGACAAGUGCAACGCAUGUGGACAUCUGAUCAUGGAUAUGAUCCUGCAGGCCCUCGGGAAGUCGUACCAUCCCGGCUGUUUCCGCUGUGUCAUCUGUAAUGAGAGCCUUGAUGGAGUGCCUUUCACCGUGGACACUGAAAAUAAGAUCUACUGUCUCAAAGACUACCACAGGGUGCUGGCGCCUAAAUGUGCAGCCUGUAACCAGCCAAUUCUGCCCUCAGAGGGGUCUGAUGAAACCAUUCGAGUUGUAUCCAUGGACAAAGACUAUCACGUGGAAUGUUAUCACUGCGAGGAAUGUAAGAUGGAGCUGAACGAUGAGGAGGGUCACCGCUGCUACCCUCUGAACGGCCACCUUCUCUGCCACUCCUGCCACCUGAAGAACAUCGAGCCGGGUUGCUCCUCUUCCGUCGCUGCCUCCUCCUACUAACACUACCGCAGUUGGAGGGAGACACCUGGUGGAUUUACGGAGGAAUUGCCAAAGAGUGACUGACAGCAGGAGUGGAUAUGUACAAUUCUUGUUGUAGAGGAUUGAUUAACGCGAUGCAUCAGAUCACACUGUGGUUUGAUGUGCAUUUUCACAGGAAUUUUAAUGAAGGUUUCAUUAUUCUUAAAGAGGUUUUGACUCAGUAAUGAAGUAUUUAACACAGCAAAGCCCUACUUUGAAUUCAGUGAAGCAUUGCAUUAUACUGGCUACAUACUGACUUGGCAAAAGUGUUGCCACCUGAUUUCCUUUAAUUGUAAAUAUAAUUUGCAUUGACUGUGUAAAUAUCUGGCAGUCAACUUCAUGUUCACACUUCUGCUGUGACUUACAGUUCACAAAUUGACGCCUAAAUCAUCUGUUUAAAGUUUCUGAUAAGGAUGGAGGCUUUUCACAGAAUCUGCUGGAUGCCUAUUGUGCCUCUACAUCAGUUUAUACAUGCAAUAAUAACAGCUGAUGUUAAUUUACACAGGAGAGAUAUACAAAACACACUGGUGUUGAACAUUAUUUUUAAAAAGUCAAAAACAGUAAUUCCUUCCUUUUCCACUUUUUAAGCAGGUACCACUGUAUCUCUUCUCAAAGUGAUUACCAGUGGUAACCACAGCCAUCAUUAUUGUUCAUUUUCCAUAUGCAAAUUCUGGUAUGCAAUAAAUUAGAUCAGAUAGUAUUUUUGGGACAUAACCAUUCCAUAGAUAUGUUAAACACUGCAGGGUUGCUUUGCCUUUGUGCUUACGGCUCACCAUUUCACAUUUUUGCGACUUUUCUUUUUUGUUGAGUCUGAGCAAGAAUGUUUCAGAGAGGCAGGUGAUACUGUUCUGUAAUAAACAGCCAUUAUUUGUAACAUGCAGUCUACUCUAAGCACUUACAGAUAGAUUUGUGAGUUCUCUAUGCACCUAUGAAGAGUUUAGUAUUAGGCCUAUAGGUCUAUGUAUUUUGUUACAUUUGCAAACAUGGUAUAUUUAAAGAAGAUAUAUUGUAGGCUGAUAAUCAUUUACGUUUAAUUUUGACUUUUGUGCAAAAUCCCUUAAAUACUAAUUUGAUUUGCAGUGGAAAGUACAGUUUUGAUUGCCUAUUUUGCCAUCCAUAUGUUAUUCAUGUCUUCAGUUUACUAACUUAAUACUUAAGUUGCUUGUCAUUUGAGCUCCUUAUUUCAUAGCCAACCAUAGUUACGACGAAGAGCAAACAUAUGUGUUGUAUGAUUGUUAGAAAAUAUUUAAUAAAUGCAUUG